ACUUUUCUCCACUAUAAAUUUCUCAUUUCCUCCCCUCCCAAUUUCCUACCUUUUUUUAUUUUCCUUUCCUUUACCUCAAAAUACCCAUAAAUCUCUAGUGAAAAAUAGAGCCCACUCAAAAAAGACUAUUGAAAAUUUUUGUGGAAUUGUUUUUCAAGAAAUGGACAUAGAGUUGGCAAAGUGUGAGUGUUGUGGACUUAAAGAAGAUUGCACACUAGACUACAUUAGUCAAGUGAAAGAAAAUUUUAAUGGGAAAUGGCUAUGUGGACUUUGUUCAGAAGCAGUUAGAGAUGAAGUGAAAAGAGGAAAAAAACAAUUUCUUUGUAUGGAAGAUGCUGUGAAGGCACAUAUGACAUUUUGUAGAAAAUAUAAGUCUAAUCCAGCAAUUGAAGUAGCUGAUGGAAUGAGGCAAAUGCUAAGAAGAAGGUCUGAUGUGUCAUCAUCUUCAAAUUCACCUAAUUCUUCUAAGAAGUAUUCAAGAUCAACAAGUUCUAUCUCCUAUUAUUAGUUAGACCAAGACGAUAAAGAGUUAUGUCUUAGUCCAGUUCAGAACAAGUUGGAGUCGACUAGAUGAAUGCUCAGAAGAGAAAAGGAGGAGAAAGGGUAACUUGUACUUUUGGUGGAAAAAUAAAAAAGGUCUAACAACACCAACACCAACAACAACAUGCAAGUCUUUUUCAUGGAGAAAUCUUUCUUGAUUUCCAUCUUGUCUUGUACAGUGGAUUUUGUUUCUUUUAAAUUUACUAGUGGGGAUAGUAUUUUGUUCCUUUCUUUUCCUUUUUUUUGUUCUUUUGUUAUAUGGGUAUGUUCUACUUGUUACUUUCCACAACAAUCACAUAAGAGAUGUUCAACAUUAUGAUAAUUGAUAACUACGUCUCAGUCCUAAA